AUGCCGAGCUCGUUUCGGAAGCUCGGUGGAGCGCUCUUGCAGGGCCUCCAAAAAGUAUCCUUCUACAAUAUAAAGAGAAAAGAAACAGGAUUCUGGGUGGCCCUUGUGGCAUUACUACAAGUUGCUCUAGUAGUGAGUAAGGCGCUGGACCCGCAAGAACAUUUGACACCACCCGCACUAGACGCCCCCGUGUCGGGAGGGGUCGGCGCGCCGCUACCCGCUGCCGUCGGGCCCGUGGCGCAGGCCGUGGCCCCGGUGGCGGAGCGCCGCUACGACCCGUCCGGAGGCGGUGGCGGCGACGACGACCACCACCACCACGAGGAACACCACGACGACCACCAUCACGAGGAGCACAAGGGUUACUGGAAGAAGAAGCUCAUCUGGAAGCCCGACUGGGUCAAAGUUUGGAAGCCCGCCCAGAAGCAGAUCUGGAAACAAGGCUGGAAGAAGGUGUGGAAGCCUAUCUGGGUUCCCACUAAAAAGCCAGCUUGGCAGGAUAUCAAGAUCCCUAAGUGGGAGAAGAUCUGGAAGCCAAUCUGGGUGCCCACCAAGGUCCCUGCCUGGAAGGAAAUUCAAGUCCCUGCCUGGAAGAAGAUCUGGAAGCCCAUCUGGGUGCCCAUCAAGGUCCCUGCCUGGAAGGAAAUUCAGGUUCCGGCCUGGAAGAAAUACUCAAAGCCCAUCUGGGUGCCCAUC